CGUGUUACCAUGGAAACAUGUUAGCUCAGACAACUGAAAUUGACGUAAAGGGGUUGCUCGUGAUCGGUAUUUUAUAUUAAACCAGCGAUGGAGACGCCAGAUAAGACUGAAGAUACUGUUAUAGCCAUAAAAAUAAGUGUAAAGCAGGGACAUAACGUGCAUGGACGAAAGGCGGGCGCUUUUCAGAGCUUUCUGCAGGCUGCAUUCAAUGAGGUGGUUUUAGGAGUGUCAGAGAAAAAGCAAGGGGACCCUGAAGGCCAUCCAAUAAACUACAACUUUACUUUCCUCCUACAUCUCCCGAAUGAUGCUGGGACUCGGAGCGACAUUGCCCAAAAACCAGUCACAAUCACAGUUCUGGAGCUUCUUCCUGAAGAGAAGAAGUCUAAAAUGAAUACGGUUGUGCUGGGCCAAUCAGCAUUACGACUGAUGCCACUUCUGCAAGGUCAGAGCGGCUUCUCAUCCACUGUCCCAGUGAACCCAGUGAACAGCUCCACAAUCAGAGAUUCUCAGCUGGGCUUCAGUCACAAGCAGCCGACCCUGGAUGUAUGUGUCAGUGUCUCCGAUCCAUUGCUAUCUGAGGAUGAACUGUCUGCCUCCAAUUUCCUGAAAAUAACUUUGGAGGCAGUCUAUUCUGUCCCCGACUCAUGGGUUCCUGGUUCCACUCCUGUCACAUACGCUGCAGCUCUGGAAGUCCCUCUUACGGCGGAGCAAGAUCAGGUGGUACUGUUCCCUGAUGGACAACUAAAACCAGGAGGAGAAGACGAUAAAAAGAAAACUAUGUACCAUCAGACUGUGUGUGUGUCUAAAAACUACCUCCUGCACCAUGAGCAGUCAGAGCAACCAGAAAAGGAUGUCGAGCAACCCAGCAAAGAGGAUCAAGUGUUUCGCAAUGAGGUAGAAACCACAAAGAGCAGGGUGAGCUGGGACACUGAGACCUGCUGCUUUCUAGAUGCAGGAGGAGCGUCCAGGCUGCAGCAGAAGAUUCUUGAGAGCAGACUGUGGCCAGUGGAAGUCAUGAGGUCAACUUCUGCAUUAGAAAAGCUGGGUACUGACAACUCAGACAUACCCUUCCAUGGUGUGGCUUAUGUGGACUUGGGGCCGCUGCUGUAUCCUGGAGUCAGUUUUAUCAGAGGAGCGUACGCCAUUCAGCCCUUCUCUGAGGCUGAGCUGCUAAAUAAGGCCAAGAGGAGUGUUAGUGUGUUGAAGGAGCAAGCGAAGGCAGCUGCCAAUCAGGCUAAAUCUCGUGCCAAUUCGGCUAUUGGAACACAAAAAAGAACUGGGAAGAACUUUGAUGGGAACUACACAGCAGCCAAGGAUCCCAAAGAGCCAGCCAAAAAGCAGCCUCCCGGCAACAACAGAAUGGCAGCAAAUGACGCUGCUACCAGUGUGGCUGAAAAUGAACCACAGCUAAAUGUGGAAGGAAAUAUGUACUUGGAGGCCAAAUCCGUCAUUGUCCUUAAAAUAGCUUUGGACAAACCACUGGUGGCACAAAUAACUCCAGAAGAGCUGGCCACAAGGUUGAAGGCACUAAUCCCUCCCAGACCUCAGCCGCCACAGGGUCCAAACAGAGCAGAAAAAGCAGUCUUGGAAUUCCAUAAACAAGUUGGUAAUGCAGUGGAUGUGAUAUCACAACAGUAUAAUGAACUGUUCAGUGCAAACGGUCAGCUGUCACAAAACCAAAGCCAGGAACAAAUGCUGCAGCAGCUGAUGGGAGCUCUUAACGUUUCUGGAAGAUACUUUUCCUUCUCCGAGCAGUUUAAGCAUGCCAUUGUUAGGAUUGUUCGAGAUAAGCUGCAGCAGACAGAUGGUUUCAGUGACCCUCAGGAGUCAAAAGAAUUUGCCAGCAAGCUUUAUGUUUACUUGGUGGAGGAGAUGCGUGUCGCUCUUAGCAAGAUUUAUUCCAGUGAUGUUGUUGAGGACUGCCCAGCUGAAAUCCAACUGCAUUCUUCUCAGCUCCUACAUUUUGCCAGAGAAGCACAGCUAACAGGGAAUUAUCAGCAGGCUGCUUCAUAUUAUGAAGAGCUCGUGGUAAGGCACACCCACGAGGCUUCCUACAAGUUUGGGUGGGGUAGUCUGUUUAUGUUGACCAAAGACUACAUAAAGGCAAAAGAAUGUUUCUAUGAUGCCGUAGCAACCAACCAAGCACACCAACCCAGCUUGAUGAUGUUGGGAGUCUUGGCCUUGAUGUUUGAGCGUUACAAAGAAGCCCAGGCCUUCCUGGAACGCGCCACCACCAUUGAUCCACCAUGUGUACCAGCAUGGACACUGUUAGGUUUGUUCCAUGAGAGCCAGAAUGAACCGAUUCUGGCAGAGUGGGCUUUUAUUGAAGCCAAAAAGCUGCUGAGAGGAGAUGAAGCAAAGAGCAAAGGACUCAAAGAAGAUGAGAGAGAAACAGUUCAGCUGGGGGAAAAUGGGGCUGUGCCCUUGCAGCCUUCAACUGUGGAAGGCGCAGAGACUUUAGACCAGGACUCAGAGGGCUGCAAUGAGCCUCCAGCACAGGCUGACAGCAGAUCUGCCCCCAGUAAACUCACAUCCACAAUCUAUACACAAACAGUUCAGUUCCUGCUGGAAAACAAUGCCCUACAGAUGGCAGAGCACGCAUUAUCGCAGGAACUUCUGUGCCCUGAAGGUGGCCGUAGUUUGUCCUACCUCCGUCAUCUGGCCAAGCUGCAGCUGCUCAAAGGUGACUACAGCAGUGCUGCUGCCAGCCUCAAGGAAGCACUGUUCCACACAAAUGAGGAUGCGGAUGUUUGGGCUCUCAAUGGUCACCGUCACUACCUGCAAGGUGCAUUCACUGAGGCAAAGGAGAGCUAUGAGUGGAGCCUCAACAUCUUCAAGAAUCCAUCAGACUCUCACAUUGUUUUCCUGCGCUUGGGAUCCAUUUAUCUCAUGCAGGAGAAGUUUCAGCAAGCCAAAAUGACCUACCUGCUGGCUUGUGAGCAGUCACCAUCAUGCCUCACCUGGCUGGGUCUGGGCACUGCCUGUUACUACCUGCAGGAGCUUGAAGAAGCAGAGGACGCUUUGAUGGAGGCGAACCAUUUGAAUGCAGAGAAUGCAGAAGUGUGGGCUUACCUGUCUCUGAUCUGCCUUAAGUCUGCCCGGCAACAGGAAGCUAAACUGUUUUAUAAAUAUGCAGUGAGGUUCAACUUGCAGAAUGAAUCCCUCCUUGAGGAGAUCCGUCAGCUGAUGAACCAGCUUCAUCUCAGUCAAGUGGACUCAUGCUUUGAAACAAGCAUUAAAAUAAAUGUUUGAAGAUUUUUUUUCUUA